CACCAGACGCUAGACAGUUUGAUUCUACACGCGACAUCGAACAGACGCUUUUGCCUGUCAUGCGUCGACGUUCAAGAAAUUCAUCAUUAACAUCAACAUCACCGUCCAUUACUGAAGGAUUUUAAUAGAAUACAAAAAUAAAAUGUCGUGGAAACGAAGACAGGAUGGCUUACUAGCCAUGAUCAAUUUUCCACCUUACUCAUUGCAGAUGCUUACAAGCAGGCAUGUUUUGGUUGGUGGUGGUGGUGGUUCAUCCAAGACAGGCAUUGCAAAUGGUUUUGAAAUCUUUGAAAUUUCUCACAAUGGACAACAAUUUGUUGCUGAAGAAGUUACACGCUAUGAAACAGGACCUAAUGUUGUAAUGAAUAGUGCUACUUACAAUAAUGGCAAAAAAAUAUGGCUUGUUGCUGGUCAAGAAAGUCACUGCCAAUUGUAUAAUAUACAGCUCAAAGUUGUGACAGCUGAAAAUGGUGAAAUUUCUAAAAAAUAUAAUUUUCCAAAGCGAGAAGAUCUUAGACAAAGAAGGAAAGGCAGUAAAGAAGAACCAUCUUUAAAAAGGGAAAAUAUUGAAGAUAUCAAAAAUGAUACUACAACUGAAAAACAUAAAAAGUUACAACUAUUAAUCAAACCUGCAGAUAGUAUACAAACAGAUUUUGGAAGUGGACAACCUUUGCAGAGAGUCGUUAGAAUAAGUCCUAAUGGUAAUAUCAUGGCUACUGGUGGAACGGAUGGCCUGAUCCGCCUAUGGCACUUUCCCCAACUUAAUAGUUUACAUGAACUCAAGGGUCACAGUAAAGAAAUUGAUGACAUUGAUUUUUGUCCCAAGUCAAAACAAAUAGCUACUGUGGCAAAAGAUGGCAAACUCAUCAUAUGGGACGUCAAUACUUUUAAUAAAAAUAAAGAACUGUCUUGGAACCCAUCGGAUACGGAGAAGUGUAUUUUCAAAAGAUGCCGUUUCCGUAAAACAGUCGCCGACGAUAAUCCGUCGAAUCCUAAACUCUUAUUUAGCAUAUCAAAUUCUCUGCCUAGUAGAGAUAGAUCAAGAAGUAAAAUGCAUUAUGGCUUUCUGCAACAAUGGAACGUCGAUCUCGGCCAAAUGGACAGAGUCGUGAAAUAUAAAGAAAAUCUUUCCGAGCUGGCCGUGUCGGACGAUGGGAAAUUCGUAGCUGUAGGUACCAUGUCCUCGGGGACGGUAGACUUGUUCAUAGCUUUUAAUCUGCAAAGAUUACUCCACGUGCCCAACGCUCACAACAUGUUUAUCACAAAUUUGGAAUUCUUGCCGACGUCUCUGGAUGGACCGGCAAUAACGAGCAAUUGUGAGACUGCUGUAAUUAGUUGUUCAGUGGACAAUAAGAUCCGUAUUCACAGCGUACCUUACAGACAUGCACUGCCGUUUUGGCUAUUCGUUAUAUUCAUAAUUGUAAGCAUAUGUGGUGCAUUUAUACUUUGCAGUUACCUGGGCCUCUGACCAGAAGCGCAUUUAGCGAACAUUGCUUGUCACAAGCAUGUUCAGAUUUUGUACAUUAAUUAUUCUUGUUGUGGAUUAUUCGUGUUUUAGUAAGGUUGCUAAUAGUUUCACGAGAAUGUCAAACAGAACAGAUUACUUUGUUCUUUUUCUUUCUGCAACAAAGAUGAAAUAUUGCAUUAUAUAAAUAUACUUAUAGAAACCAAUUGUACAAGGAUUACAGAUUAUUAUUAUUAUUAUUAUUAUAUUAUUGCAAGUGAGCAAAAAUGAAAUUAUGCAUAUAUUUUCAAUUAUUAUAUUCUCUCUGCAUGAAAUACUAUUAUAUUUUGUAAAGGGUCAAUCGUCUUGCGCGACAACGUUGUUUUUUCUUUCUUACCGCCUUAAAAAGAAGAUUAUUCUUUUUAUUGUGCAUUAUACUUAAUGUAAAUUUUUUUUAGCAAAAAACUAAUGUUACUAUUAAAAUAUAUUUAUUAUGACAAUGGCAUUGUUGACAGUAGGGUGACGUUUGCUGGUUAAUU